CGACGCACAAGUCAGCGCUUCCGUUGAGCCUUGUUUCUACAAACAGCAGCCACCUUUCACUGCUGAACAAGAGGAGUAGCUUGUUCUAGAUGGCUCUACCACAACUACGAGUUUCGUAUCCAUUGGUUUUGACGUUGAUCUUCGCCUGCUGUAGUACAGUUGCCGCUCUGAAUCAGGGUACAUGUGAUGCACUUGACAGCAUAGACGAUGACAGUACAACCCUCACCUGCACCACUAACUCUGUCUGCGACAAAACUACCUGUAUUUCAGGCACUCUCUCAGGAUUCAAACUUUGCCUAGAGCUUCUGCCCUGUAUGGACAUUCCAGGUUAUAAUACAUGCACAUUAGCACGUUGUGCAUUAGAAACUUGGACAUGGUAAUAGACGUGCA